AUGAAUUACUAUAUAGAAAGCCAAUUGUAAAAGAUGAGCUAACUUUUAGAAUCAAAGCAAUCUGAGAUCAAUAAAUUGAAGGCAUAAGUGGAGAAAUAUUAAAACUAUGAUUAAUAAUUGGAAGAACUAAACUAGUACAUCAUGUAGUUAAAUUACUAAUUCGAAUAACAAGAAUAGACUCACAAGGAUUAGAUUUAUUUUAUGCAAAGGGAGUUGGCAUUUGCCUAAGACGAAAUAAAAAAUUUGCAAAGAACAAGAGGUUAAACUGAAUAACAAUAAAUAGCUUCACUUCUAAAGGAGUUGUCAGAAAUCAAACAAGAGAACAAUCAACUUAAGGUAGAAUUGUCCAGGUAAUAACAAAAACCAAGAACGAAUUCUAUUCAAGAGAACAGUUUUCAAGAAGUUAAAAGACUGUCUCCUCACUUGAGAGUGCAUAAUUGCAGUUUUACAAGUCCCUCCUAGAACCUAGUAAAAGAGAGAAGAGUUCCUUCACUUCCUGAUGUUAACUCAAAUAGAUUAUCCAUCAACAAGACUUCGUUUCACAAUUUGUCAUAAAAUCAACCAUAUUCCAAGAAACCUCCACUUCAAUAGAUACAUAAUAUCAGUCCUAAUAAGUAAGUAGUAAUUGUUCGUCAAUGA